GGGUGCUCCCACGGGAGACGUCGUCCAGAAAGGCUGGGAAACGCUAUCUGGAGUCGUGUCAGUCGGUCCAGCGGGACAGCAUGGCCGCGGAGGAGGACGACGCUCUGCUGUUUUUAAUCUACCAGCACCUGAAGGUGAACGGCUACCAAAAAGCUGCUAAGGUGCUGGAAAAGCACGUUACUCAGGUGGAAACGCCAGAGGAGAGCUCCAACCUACAUGAUAUCUACACAGGCUGGAUGAAGCUGUGCUCUCUAGCCCAACAUGCCAAGCAGGAGCCAGAAGACUCUGGCACUUUAAAGAAGAGGAGCAUCAAACCAGAACCUGCCACCAGCGAAGAAGAAAACGGCGCAGACACCAAACUCUCCAACAGUGCAGAAGAAGAUAAAGUGGAUGCCAAGCCUCCACUUGAGUCCAAGGCAGAUGGUGUGGAGUCAUCCGGUGCAGAGCUCAACUCUGCGGGGAAAGACGCUGAGACCGUCUCUGAGCAGCCGCUGGAGGCAGCAGGUGAAACCAAAAAAACAGACUUGGACAACGGCUGCUCUGACUCGCCUGAAGGUGAAGAGGAAGACGCAAAGAUGGAGGAGGAAACAAAUACAGAACAAGAGUCAGCUCCUAUUGAAGCACCUGCCGAGGCAAACAACAGGGCAGAAAGUUCCAGCUCCUCUAACUCUGAGGAAGCGGCUGAACCCACCCUGGGCAACUCCAGCCUGGUCGACCCCAGACAAGCUGCUCCUGAUCAGACUGAGGAUCAACCCCAGGCCUCCCGCUCAGGCGGCGAGAGCAGCAAGGAGCGCGAAGAGGUCGACGAUGAGCCAAAGCAGGAGCCAGAAGCAGCCAUUGACGCCUCUAAUGCCGCAGACGAAACCUCUGCAUCACAGCCGACAGCUGUCAGUCAAACAGAGGCUGCUCCUCCCUGCACUCAGGGGGCAGAAGAUGAGGAAGGCAGCGCUGCAAAGAUGCAGGAGUCCAGCCAGGCCGAGCCCACCAGCUCAGACCUGACAGCUAAGGAGACCAGCGACCAGCCUGCGGAGAGCGAAGCCCCGCCCCCUGCAGACCCUGACACUGGCUCUGAAAAUCCAAAAGAGGAGGUGGAUGAAGAGGACGAGAAAGUGGAAGAGGAGGCCAAAUCCAAGGGCAGUGACCUCCCUUCCCCUCUGAAUCCUGAGAAUCUGACGGAGGUGUCGACAGCCUCAGGGGACGGAGGUGACACUGACACUGUUGUAGAAAAGGAGACGGUGUCGGCUGCAGAAAAGCAAACAGACCCAGACGACUCCAUCAUCCUCAACAUUCAAGUCGAAGACAGUGAAGCAGUCGAGCGAGAAACCGGCCAACUGCUCCCUGCGGAGGCUGAGUCCUGCAAGGCCGCGAAAACUCCCAAGAAAAAGAAAAAGAAGAGCAAAAAGGACACAGAAACGGAAACUGCAGUAACACCGGCCGCAGACACAUUCACCAUAGAUGCACUCAGUGACACUCCUCUUACCUCCAAGUCUGCCAAAAAGAAAAAGCAAGACAAAAGAAGAAAGGAGGAGGUAGCGGAGGAAGAAGAGGAAGAGAGGAAAGAGGAAGAGGAGCAGCAGGAGGAGCAGCAGCAGGAGGAGGUGGUGGUGUUUCAGGCAGCCCCAUCAGAGAAGAAGGCUAAGAAAAGGAAAAGGGAGAGAGAUGAAGUGGAAGAGAAAGACGAGGAAACUCCUGUCACUCCUUUGGAAAACAAAAUUAAAAAGAAAAAGAAGAAAGUUAAAGAUGUGGAAGAAGAGGAGAGGGAGACGGUAGGAGUAGUGGAGGAGAAAGAGGUGGAGAAUCCUGUGAGUCUGGCCGAGACGACGGAGAGAAAGAAGAAGAAAAAGAGGAAAAAGGAGGGAGGACAGGAGAAAGCGAUGCUGCAGUCUGAUGAAACACCAGCAGGGGGCGACGGAGACACAGAAAAGAAACUGGAUGCAACAGAUGGCAACUCUUCUCAGCUGUCCUCGGCCAAAAAGAAACACCGUCUCAGGAAGAAACUCAGCCUGAAGAAGAGACUGAGGCUCCAUAAGACAGAGGAGAUGAUGAUGAUGAUGAAGAGGAGGAGGAAGAAAAGCAACUUCUGUGCAGGACAGACUGAGACCACCGGCAGAAAAAAACAAAAACAGAUCCAAGAGGCGGCGGAGCAGGAGACGCCUCGGCCGAAACCAACCAAAAGACCCAAACCUGACCCCACCCAGGACGACGACACGCCAAAGAAGAGGAGGAACACUGAACAAGAAGAGAAUUCCUCAAAGGAAAACCAACCUCCAAAGACAAAGAAGAAGAAAAAGAAGAGACUGGUGGAGGAGGAAGAUGAAAGCGGUGCGGUGAGCGACCUGAGCGCUGAGCACCCCGAAGUGGUCUCGUCUCCCUGCUCAAGCGAAGGGAAGCAGAAGAAGAAAAAGAAGAAGAUGAAGGCUGGGAAAGGCGAGAAGACGACAGGAGAUUCAACUGCCGUCACUCUGAGCCAAGAAAUACCAGCAAAGAGAGAGAAGAAGAACAGACUAAAGGAGAAACUGGAGAAGAGAGAACCUGCUCCAGAUGCAUACACUGCUACAGCUGCUUCUACGAAAAAGAAAUCCUCCAAAAAGAAGACCCUCUCUGAUUAAAUCUGGUGUAUUCUCUGAUCAAACAUCAGUUGAGGGAGGAUGAUUGUAUCUCGGACCUGAAAGCCCAAAAAUAACAGGACAAUCUGCAUAAUGUUAGUGCCUUUUACUCCUGAUUUUUCAGUCGGAGAUGAAAGGGUUUUGUCUCUCAGAAACAGAGAGGCAUUUCUGAGGGAAGGUCAGUGUUUUCAGUCACAUUUCACUUUCUUUUGCUCUAAAACUGUGAAAACUCUAAGUCACAUUUACCUUCAGUUUGUACAUGUUUACAACUUAAAAUCCAUUCGACCAUUUGAAGCUUUAAUUUUACAGUUUGUUUUUUUUUCAAUGGCAGACCUGCUCUUGAGAUGAACUUGGCAUUAUUGGAACAAUAAAUUACCAAUUUAUGAAGAGCGUAAUCGAUGACAACUUCUAGUAGCUAAAGUUCGUUAUAUUAACUUCCUUGCAAGUACAGCCUAUUAAAGUUACUCAUUUUAUUUAUUUUUUUAGGCUGAGGAUGAGCAUUGCAGAUACCUAACAACAUAGGUAGUUCUUUUGGUCAACAUCUUCUAAUUUAACAAAAGCAGCUCUACCAGAACUUUGCCUUUAAAAAUAAUGGUUUAAAACUGGUCAACUUUUGAUCUGAAUCAGGAACUAUUUGAUUAAAGAAUAACUUUGGAGCUGCAACUGAUGAUUGUCUUUAUCAAUUUAUCCGUUGAUUUGACUUUUAAAAAAAAAAAGUUGAUUAAGGAAUUAACAGAUGAUCAAAAUAAAAUUGGUUGAUCAAAAUUCAUUGUAAAAAUUAAUUGUAAUUAACAAUUUCAGCUCUAAUUAAGAAGUCUAUCAAAUAAGACAAUGACUUGAGGUAUAUAUGCUGCCCUACCUAUUUCUACUACAAAGCAGCUCUGCCUUUGAGAAAUAUCUGUUUAAUUAAAGCUGCGUCUGCAUCUAAUCAAAAGUGAUAGAAAUUCUUACCUCGGUCCUGUUGGUCUUCCUCUUCUGCCACGUUACCAAUCACUCAACCUCUGCUGGUUUACCGUUUUGACGGGUACGACGGACGACCUCUGGGCUGGAGGCCACAGUUUUUUGGGAACAAGCCGUGAAACAAACAUUUCAGAACAGGUCGUGUUUGAGCAAUAACGUCUGAGAAUUGUGACCAGUAGACCUUGAUAGUUUGGUUUUUCCUUCUGUUUCUGAGCUUUGUGGUAGAAACUCAGUAGGUUAGUUUUGUUACACUAACUCAUGUUACAUAAGAUGUGUUUUUACUUUUUUUUUUUUUUUUUUC